UGAAAUAGAAACACGUGUUUCAGGUACAAAAUUAUCCCAUGUGGUUUGAGCGUUUUUAAGUCAUUUGAAUAGGAAGAUGGGUAGGAAAAGAGAUUUGACCGAAGAAAGACCGAAAAGUGGACCUGGGAGAAAAUCCAGAAAACAAUCGAAUCCGAUCAUACCGCAGGUUACAGAUGUUUCAAAUGCUAAACUUGGCAGUAGGCAGAAGAAACGUUUGAAAAAGAGAACAGAGAGAAAAGCUCAAAAACAGGAACUGAAACUGAUGAAAGAUGCUAUGAAAAAGCAAAAAAAAGAUAAAGUGUCGAGUGUAAAGCAGCCAGCAGCCCUGCCACGAAAGAGAAAAGUGUCUGAUGGGUCUGAUAUUGAAUGGAGUGAGCUGGAAGAUGAUUUUUCAGGUGUCGACAGUGAUGCAGUGGAGGCAACAAAGGAAUAUACUGACGACAAUAAGGGAUGGCUGAAACGAAAGAAGAGUAAAAACGAUGAUGAUGAUGAUUCUGAAUCCCAAAGCGAUGAUGAUGAUUCAGAAAAUGACAGUGAUGACGAUAAGGAAUCGAUUUCGGGUGAAUCUGGAAGUGAAAUGGAUUCCGACAAUGAAGAAAAGACCCUGUUACCAAUAGAAAAAGCAGCAAAGAAACUAAAGAAAAGACAGAAAGAAGAUCUUAAACUUGCAGAUGAAGAACUGAAAACUAAUAUCGCAGAAACAGAAAAGUAUGUCUUGCCAAGUGGACAGGAAGUAGAGAAAGAGGCAAAUGAAGCUCCAGAUUUGGCCAUUAUUCAGCAACACAUCAAAGAUGUUGUUCAUGUUUUGGGUGACUUCACGAACAGACGAGACCCUUCCACAAGUCGGCAGGAAUAUGUCAUUCAGCUUCGAAAGGAUCUGUGUGCGUAUUACAGCUACAAUGAAUUUUUAAUAGAAAAAUUAUACGAUUUGUUUCCAAAAGAAAUUGUUGAGUUUCUUGAAGCCAAUGAAGUUCAGCGCCCGGUCACUAUUCGUACGAACACCUUGAAAACGAGACGACGAGAUCUGGCACAAUCGCUGAUCAAUCGAGGCGUUAAUUUGGAUCCCAUCGGCAAGUGGUCGAAAGUUGGCUUGGUGGUCUACGACUCGCAAGUUCCACUUGGAGCAACACCCGAAUAUCUAGCUGGUCAUUAUAUGCUACAAGGUGGUUCAAGCUUUUUACCAGUGAUGGCCCUGGCACCCCAGGAAAAUGAACGCAUACUCGACAUGUGUGCUGCACCAGGUGGCAAGACGUCAUACAUUGCAUCUCUUAUGAGAAAUACAGGAGACUUGUUUGCAAAUGACGCAAACAGUGACCGAGCCAAGGCAAUAACAGGAAACCUCCAUAGAUUGGGUGUAAUAAACACUGUUGUCUGUAACCACGAUGGUCGCACAUUUCCGAAGGUGAUGAAAGGUUUCGAUCGUGUCUUGCUGGAUGCACCUUGCAGUGGAACUGGCGUCAUUGCAAAAGAUCCUGAAGUAAAGAUUAACAAAGAUGAAAAAGAUAUUUUGAGGUGUUCCCACCUCCAAAAGGAAUUGAUUCUUGCUGCCAUUGAUUGCUGCGAUGCAAAAUCGGGAAGUGGUGGAUAUAUCGUCUAUUCAACUUGUUCUGUCAUGAUGGAAGAAAAUGAAUGGGUGAUAGAUUAUGCUUUGAAAAUGCGAAAUGUCAAACUUGUCAACACUGGUUUAGAUUUCGGAAGAGAGGGCUUUACAAAUUUCCAGAAGCAAAGAUUCCAUCCAUCGAUGAAGCUGACCAGAAGAUUUUAUCCACAUAUGCACAAUCUUGAUGGAUUUUUUGUUGCAAAAAUGAAAAAGUUCUCCAACAAAAUUCCUACCAGUGACAGUCAAGAUAAGAAAACUAAUCUUGACAUCGACAAAACCGAAACCAAGAGUGAAAAAGGCAAGUCAGUCAGAGUCGAAAUGGAGGAUGAAAAGGACAAAGAUGCAACCAAGACUGAGAAAAAUGUCUCAAAAAAGAAGUUUAUUCCUGGCAAAAACAAAAAAUUCAAAUCCACAUUCAAAAAAGGCAGAGGCCCACCAUCAAAGAAAAAAUUUAAGAAAUCCAAUAGCAAACAGAAAUGAAAAAAAUCUUUUGAACACUGAACAUGUCAGGGGAAAAAACAACUUGAUCAUGUGUAGCAUUCAUAUUGUUGAUUUUCACUAUGAAUGUAUGUGAUGAAAGGUCAUGAAACAAUUCUUGUAUAUUAAAUAUUACAUAGAUGUUUAUAUGUAACAUGUUCAAGGGUUUUGGCUUUAAGUUUCCAAAUUGGUUUGAGUUUAAUAUGACAAGUCUAUUUUAUAAUAAAAUUGACAGAAAACCCAGUUCAAGAAGUAAAUUAAUAGACUGUUAACUUAUUUUGUUUUGUUUAACCUUCUAACAGAGCUCGUUUACAAGUGCAGCUUAAACUGACCUAUAGAAUGUAAUCUCUUAUAAUAAAAUAUAUAAACUAUC